AUGGACUUCGAGCGUUCAGAUAGCAGCGGAACAGAUGAUAACCUCCCUCCUUCACAUCAGAACAAAUUCAGAACUCAGAGGCCAGUUAUUGAGAACACAAGAACUGCAAUUGUUAAUAGUACUCCAUUUCUCCAAAUGCAAAACGACAUGGAAGUACAGAUCCACCAGAUAGAGCAAGAAGCAUAUUGUUCAGUUCUUCGUGCCUUUAAAGCUCAGUCUGAUGCUAUUUCAUGGGAGAUGGAAAGUUUAAUAACAGAACUUAGGAAAGAAUUGAGAGUGACAGAUGAUGAACACAGAAAGCUUCUGUCUAGAGUUAACUCUGAUGAUUUGAUUGGGAGGAUAAGGGAAUGGAGGAAAGUGAAUGUCCUUCAACCUGGAAUGCCCAAUUGCCCUACUGCUUCUGCAUCGUAUAAGAAACAGAAACCAUCUUUAUCAUAUGGUUCAACAGGUUUCAAUGGCAGGGGUGAAGCUCCUAAACAACAGGGUCUUGAAAAUAGCUCUGAUCCUCUGAUUGGGAGGAAAGUCUGGACACGUUGGCCUGAAGACAAUAGCUUCUAUGAGGCUGUUAUAAGUGACUUCAAUCCCAUUGAGGGGAAUCAUGCUCUGGUGUAUGAUGCGGGUACACCAAAUGAAGCUUGGGAAUGGGUUAAUCUCAGACAGAUAUCGCCUAAUGAUAUUCGCUGGAAACAAGAAGAUGUUGGGAUUUCUCGUACAGGUGGCGGAAGCAGAUUGGGUCACGGGAUGAAGAAGUCCAUGGCACGCGGUGGAAAUGGAAUGACUGAUGGUCCUGAAAGACGGAAUGGAAUCAUGAAAGGUCAAUCCAAGAAAGAGUUGCUACCUCCAUCACAAAAUGGCAUUGCAAAGAAGGCUUUGAGUGAUAUUCAAAUACUUCACACUGAUACCCUUGUUAAAGAGGUUGACAGGGUUUUUAGCUCAAGCAAUGCUGAUCCGAUGGAUAUUGAAAAUGCCAGAAAGUUGCUUAAAGAGCAUGAACAAGCCCUAGUUGAUGCCAUUGCAAAGCUUGAAAGCAUCUCAGACUUUGAAAGUGAUAGGGAACAGAGGUAUCAGUUCUGACAAAUGCAAAGGCAGGAAAGACGUGAAGAAAACACCAUAACUGUAACUGUGCAUGGAAGUGUAUUUGAUCUCCUUAAUCUGACAUUUGUAAGUAGAGUGGUGGUUUAGUUCUUCUUUUGUUGCUCACUAGAAAGUAGGAACAUUCCAUCUUUGUAAUCUAAUAUAUCUAUGUUCUUAUAUGCAUGGUGAAUUGUACUAGGAUUUUUUUUUUUGGAAGAGAAAAUGAAUUAGUAAUGGUCAAUCAUCUUUCAAGCGACUUAAGAAUUUUUUUGGGGGGUAUUUGAAGGAUGAGAAAUAAUAGGUCCCAAACUUAAUGAGAGUUGAUAAACCAUGGCCUUUCUAUUUGGAUAAUUUCUCUGAAAUAAAUUUGAUUUCUAUCUAUUGUCUAUUUAUAAUGACGUUUUUCUCUA